AUGCUCCUGGCCGCCUCCUUUGUCUUCCUCUACUACUCCAUCUGGACACUUUUGAUGCCCUUUGUCGACGACGAUCACCCGCUACAGAACUUCUUCCCUCCCCGCGUCUGGGCCAUUCGCAUCCCCGUGAUCCUCAUUCUCCUCGGGUCCGCUGUUGUUGGCUCCUUCCUUAGCGUCGUCAUGAUCCGCAGUAACAGGAAGAAGGCUGCUAAGGCCAAGGCGGCCUCAAAGAAGAAGGCGUAA